AUGGUCGAGCCUGUUGCGCGUCCUCGUGUUAAUGAAGUACAGACAUUCAGAGGAGUGUCGCUAAUUGCCCCCGGCUCUUUACGCACCACCACAACACCACCGAGACGCACUCCCACCGCGGCCGCGCAUUCCUCCCGACGCAACACCGCCAGCAGCCGCCUAUUUAAAGCCCCUGGAUCUGUCUUUAUAGACCAAAGAAGCCGCGUACUGAGGAGCGGGGAGUUGGAAGAGAAAGCAAACAGUGCCAAUAGAUCAGCAAUGGACGCGUUGAUGAAGGGAUUCUCCAAAGCCAAGGAGGGAGUCGCGGCGGCGGCGGAGAAAACCAAGCAGGGAGUGACCGGAGCCGCGGAGAUGACGAAGGAUGGAGUGAUGUUUGUGGGCACGAAGACCAUGGAUGGAGUGACAACAGUCGCCGGUAAGACGGUGACGGGAGUGUCCCAGGUGAGCGGAGCCAUGGUCACCGGGGUAACGGCUGUGGCCCAUAAAACCGUGGAGGGGGCGGGGAAUAUUGUCGCUGCCACCGGAUUGGUCAAGAAGGAUCCGGCCAAACAGGAAACUGAAGAAGCCGCAGCGUCAGAGGAAGUGGCCGAGUCUCCCAUCCACAGCGACUCCCCGGACGUCUCUGAGGUCUGCAAUUAG